AUGACACAGCCAAACACUCGUCCUAAAAAUGUGAAUCAACAUCCUGGUGAGAUUGUUCUCAAAACAAAGCAGAAAAGAUGUACUGCUCAUCAAGUCCAGGAAGACAACGAUCACAUUAAGCACGAGCAGCAAGAAUGGGAAGCAGUAGCUCAGCAUAAUGCCGAGCGUAUUGCUGCUAUUGAGGAUCAGAGGGCCUUGAAGGACCUCAAAGUUGUUAUGGAUCCACCAAGGCCAAGGCCUCAGGCACAACCUGCAUUGAAGGCGAAGAAACCAGUUGGUACAGCUGAGGAGGAGGAUGUUGGAAUAAUGGAUACUGUGGAUGAAGAUGACAUUCAGCUGGAGGGCAAUCCUGAAGAAGUACAGACUCACCAUAACGAUGCUGAGACUGACCACAUUAUGUCCAGUGAUGAGGAACUUGCAAAGCCAAGGAGGAAGCAUGUGCAGAAAAUGGCACACCGUGAAGCUGUCCAGGUCGCACGCCUUGUUGAUAAUGCGGCUGGUGUCAAUCAAAAGAAGAAUCAGUACCCAAGAGAAGUUGAGACACGUGUUACGUCGAUUGGUGACCAGAAAGGGAAGAAAGGAGUUGCGGCUGUCGGUACGGAAAAGGACGACUAUGCAGGCAUCGGAAAGACAAAGGAUUGGGCUGAGAAACUCGCAACUAGAAAUGUGACACACACAUGUGUUUCCUCAGUUGCUACUUCGACUGCCGUGUCAAAGAUCACAAAUAAGACUUUGGCCAGCACCAAUCCUGGUCCUCCUCCUACUCCAACACACAGUGUCAAAGAGUCAGACUCAUCAUUACUGGAUGAUGACGACUCACUCAAGCACAAGGCUGCUUACAACACCAAAAAAAAGACUCAGGCUGGUGACAGUACUAGAUGCACGACUUUAGAUGUGGUUAAAAUCUAUCUAUGGAACUUUACGAGCCCUGGUGAUACUGAGGAGGCUGAGGAUGAAGCACCCUCUGGGCCUCUAGUGGGAAAAGGCAUCAAACGCCUCACCACUUCAACCGAUGUUGGUAUCAAUAGCAAUCAUGCGCCUGCUUCAAAACGAGCAAAGACAGAAUCACACACCACAAGCAUCAUAUCUCGCCGUGAUGGCAGCGGCGCUAAUCAUCAGUACCAGAACGAUGAUCUUCCAGAUGGCUGUCAUCACAAUAACACCUGGCAUCAGGUAUUCAUACCCACAGUUGUGCACUGGGCUGGCGGAGAUGUUGAGCCAUGGGGCCCUGACGACCAUGAAUUAAGGAAUGUCAUGCAAGAUAUCUGGGACCAUAUAUACAAGGGUAGGAUUGAGCAUGAAAUCUCCAGUUCUGGCGCUGUUUUGAAAGUAGCCAAACAACGCCUCAUGGAAUGGCAUGGAGGGUUUGGCGUUGCCGCUUGUUCCAUUCUUACAGCAUUUUUUGCACAGGAUGCCGAUUUCCUGGACCCAGAGGCUCGCAAGGAAUUUUCACGAGCCAUGCUGAAGCAAAACUGUUUUAUAUUUAGGGAUAAUGCUGGGCUCACUCCCAAGGCUUGGACAGACAUGUGGAGGGCCUCCUUCAUACUCCAGACCUUCGUGUCCCACCUCAAUUUCACCUAUGGCCAUGUUGGAAUUCCCAAUCUCAACACUGAAGCAAUUGGUGCACGGGCUGCCUUUACCCUUGCUGUCACUGCAGUGUGUCGUAUUCUUCAGCUAGUCGUAGACAGGAAUAUCACCUUCAAAAUCAUUUCAGAAACCCGUGGCAAACGCACCAAAGCUACAAAGACAGGCGACAGAGAUAUUUGGACACUGAUCAUCAUGAAGGGCAAGCAAUUCGCCUUUAGCAAACCUGUCUGGGAGCCUAUGACCCAGAAAUUUAUGCAGCCCAUCAUGGUGCUUCCUGACGGGGACUUUGCGAGCAUCGUGCAAGAGGCACAGCAGUAUGCCAUAGUGCUGCCGAAGUCCGGUUCAGUCCGGUUCUUGGGCCAAAUUUUCCGAAUGCCAAACCAAACCAUAGGUUCGGUUUAG